UCAAAACCAUUGUACUUAAAAAUGGAAGAAGAAAUUAAUAAAAGGCUUCUUGUAAGAGGAGAGAUUCGAGCGGAAGACAUAGUGGAUGAAGAGGUUUCACUGAAGGAAGCAAUAAGAAAGGAAAGCAAGAAAAUAUGGAUAGUGGCUGCUCCUGCUAUUUUUACAAGAUUCUCCAAUUUUGGGCUAAUUGUCAUAAGUCAAGCUUUCAUUGGACGUAUUGGUUCUACUGAGUUAGCUGGAUAUGCUCUUGUAUUUUCUGUAAUUGUGAAGUUUUCUACUGGAAUUUUGUUGGGCAUGUCUAGUGCACUACAAACUCUAUGUGGUCAAGCAUAUGGCGCAAGACAAUACCACAUGCUAGGAGUAUAUCUUCAAAGAUCAUGGAUAGUUUUGUUUUUCAGCUCGAUCUGUAUUCUUCCUUCGUUUAUCUAUACGGCCCCAAUUCUGAAGUUUCUUGGGCAAGAAGAAAAAAUAUCAGAAAUGGCAGGAUAUAUUGCAUUAUGGUUCAUCCCCAUCCUAUUUGCCUACGGUGUGUCCUUGACCUGCCAAAUGUUCCUACAAGCACAGAGCAAGAACAUGAUUAUUGGAUACUUGGCAGCAUUUUCAACUCUGUUCCAUUUGAUCCUUUCUUGGCUUUUGACUGUGAAAUUUAAGUUUGGGAUUCCGGGUGCUAUGGCGUCCAUAAUAUUAGCAAACUGGAUUCCGAAUCUUGGUCAGCUUAUGUUCAUUAUGUGGGGUGGGUGCGGUCAGACAUGGAAUGGUUUCUCAUCCUUAGCUUUCAAGGAUCUCUGGCUUCUUGUCAAACUUUUUGUGUCAUCUGGUGUAAUGAUAUGUGUAGAGGCCUGGUACAAUACAGUUUUGGUUCUUUUAACAGGGAAGCUUAAAAAUGCUGAAGUUUCAAUUGAUGCUUUAUCCAUUUGCCUAAACAUUGAUGGAUGGGAAUUGAUGAUAUCGCUUGGUUUUAUGGCUGCGGCAAGUGUUCGGGUGUCGAAUGAGCUUGGAAGGGGUAGCUCCAGAGCAGCAAAGUUCUCAAUUGUGAUGACAUUGUUGACUUCAUUAGCAAUUGGAUUUGUGCUUUUUCUAAUUUUUCUCUUCUUGAGAGGAAACCUUGUUUACAUCUUCACAGAAAGUAAGGAUGUAGCUAAAGCAGUUUCCAAUUUGUCAUCUUUGUUGGCUCUCUCUUUACUGUUGAACAGUGUUCAACCAGUUAUCUCUGGAGUUGCUGUUGGAGCUGGGUGGCAGAGCACUUUAGCAUAUGUGAACCUAGCUUGCUAUUACCUUAUAGGGAUUCCUGUUGGCCUUGUGCUUGGUUAUCUUUUGAAUAUGCAAUCAAAAGGUGUGUGGACUGGAAUGCUAUUGGGAACAUUUGUUCAAACUGUUGUAAUUGUUAUUGUCACCUGGAAAACUGAUUGGGAUAAACAGGUAACACUAGCUCGUAAUCGUGUUAUCAAUUGGCUUGUAGCAGAUAAUGAAGGAUCAAACCCCAAAACUUCAGAAACAUUUGAAUCCUAAGAUUUUUUUUUUUUAUUCAAUUGUAAAGCUUAUGCUCUUUUUCCUUGCAGGUCUUUUCUUAAUUUUUGUCUAAUUUUCA